AAUCUUAAAUUAGGUUCGGAGUUGAUCUCAAGGCUACUCGUCCGAUCCCGUGAGUUUAUCUGCUUUUAUGAACAUGUACAUCCGUCCUUGCCUGUAUACACUCGCUUCAGAGCUCAGCUUCCAUCGUUGCUGCCCCAUAUUAGUUGACAAGUUUCCGAGGCUCAGAUAUCUGAUCCACAACGGUUAUUUGCAUUUCAAUAAGAGAUUUUUCAGUGAGCAUGCCUAAUGUGGCUCAGUCCUUGAUCACGCUGGGUUCUUUGAAAGCCUAAGGACAAAAUUCUGUUUGGGCGAGCUGCAGUCACCUGCUAUUGUCUUGAUGAAAUCAUCUCGUGGACUCGCAGAGGCAUACCUACGGACGUGGGCUUGCCUGAAGGCGAGUAAACUUCUCCGGGGGAAAACCGCUAGAUGGAGAGUACGAUCGAGGAUAGGUGGUCUUGGGCUUUCGAACAUAGCAAACAAGACAAUUUUUGAGCGAUAAUGGCAACGAGUCUCACAACGGCUCUCAUCCCACUGCCUGGAAGAACUGUGACCUGACAGUGGACGUAAGGAAGAUACAUGCCCGUAUAUCAUCAUUCACUAGCAUAAUGUUGAGUGACAGACUGACAGUCCCAACCUGUACAAUGGUUUAUAAGGUUCGUGCUUCUUCCCUUGUGUCCUAAUUUCGUUCAGAGCAACUCGAAUUCUUUGCACUUUUUUCAAAUUCCUAUUCCGCAUGAGCUAUCCGCAGUCACCGCCCCAAGUUGCAUUUACUUUAUUCACGUAACUGUUUUUAUGAUAAUAUAUAAUAAAGGAUAGUAGGCCUAGAGAGUUAUGAUUGCGAAAUUCCUUUACUUGGA